AUUAUUUUUUUAAAAAAAAGAUGAAGUCUGUUCUCGCUACUCUCGCUGCCAUUGCUGCCACUGUUGUUUCUGCUCAAUACAAUGUUGUAAGCAUUACUUCUCCUCUUACUGGUACUGUCUAUACUGCUGGUCAAAAUGCUUCUAUUACAUGGAUCAACCCUAGCACAGAUGUCAUUCCUCAAAUUGUGUUGGCCAAAGGUGACCCUACUGCUCUUCAGUAUGUUACUACCAUUGCUCAAAAUGUCUCUACUGCCGGAGGUGUUUAUAUUUGGCCUGUUCCUGCUGAUACACCUGCUGCCAAUAACUAUGCCUUAAUGUUGGGUACUUCUCCCAAUAUUUCUUACACUGGUCUCUUCACUAUCCAAAGUGGCAAUUCUGCUUAAACUCAUACUUUGUAAUAUAUAAAUAAAGCAACUUUUGUAUACCACUCAAAAA